UGGAGCGGCGGCGGCCGAGGGCGGCGCGGAGCCGCCAUGCGCGCCGGGCUGCGGGGCGCCGGGCUGCGGGGCGCCCUCUGCGGCUGCCUGCUGCUGUGCGCAUUUGGAAUAGUGCCAAAGCCCCAAAAUGCAAGAAUUAUUUCAGUUAACCUUCAUAGCGUUUUACAGUGGGAUCCACCUAGGUUUCACAAAGGAAAUCUAACUUACACUGCCCAGUUUAAGAGAAAUUCUCAUUUUACAGCUGCACGUGCUCGUGUUCCCUCCUUUGCAAGAAGGUGGGGAGCUGUAUCUUUGCCCUUGAAAGGCUUCUCUUCUGAGCUAACCAUCAGGGCAGAGGCAGCUUGCACGCCUUCUACCUCCAGAGCUGGUUUCAGCAGUCUCCCUAAAAGCACAUUUGAAAACUUGAGCACAAACACGGGACUCACAGAGUGCGAUGUCUCUUCCCUGUCUGCAUAUGGAGACUAUAUUUUACGCGUCAGAGCGGAGUCAAAAAAUGAACAGUCAGACUGGGCCAUCAUCAGAUUUAAGCCGAUGGAUGACACCAUCAUUGGGCCACCUGAUGUAAAAAUGAAGUCAGAAUCUGGGUCUUUGCACGUGGACUUCAUAGGCCCUAUUGCUGAACAUAAACCUGACAAGUGGUCCUUAAAGCAGUAUUAUGGCUCAUGGAAUUACAGAAUACUAUACUGGAAGAAAGGCAGCAAAAAGGAGGUCAUUCGCAUAGAUACCAAACAUAACUCUGAAAUAUUGUCUCAGCUGGAGCCAUGGACAAUGUAUUGUAUUCAAGUACAAGCGGUUAUUCCCGAGUGGAACAAAACCGGGGAACUGAGUCAAGAGCUUUGCGACCAGACAACCCACAAUGGUGUAACCCCUGCAUGGAUAAUUGUCACUGUUCUUUUUGGACCCAUGUUGGCUGUUAUAAUAUUUGUUCCCAUUUGCUUCUUUUCCUUUUUGUUUCUGUAUCGACUGAUCAAACAUGUUUUCUGCCCUUCAUAUUAUUUCCCACAACACCUCAAAGAGUUUUUGAGCAAGCCUUCUAAUGGUUCGCAGUUCUUUUCUCCAGUCCCCCAAGAAGAGCAUCUUCUUUGUGACAAGUUAACGGUUAUUUCAGAAAAAUCCCAAAAUCAAAGUGAGGAGAUUAUGGAUGAGGCCAGCAAUACAACAGAGCAGCUUCAGGACUCUGAACAAGAAUUUUCUAAUGUAAAAGUAGUACCAGCUUCAGAAGGGGACUAAAUGCACUCCUCAUACUUCACUCAGACUGAAAGAAAAGCAAAUAGACUACUAUGUUUAACUUCUGCAUACUGCAUAUUUAAGAGUAAAAAUUCAUAUGCAAGAUUUUGUACAUAGACUUUUCACAGAAUCAUACUAAUUUUUAAAGUACAAGAAACAUGGCUAUACAUGAGGAAUUAAAUGAUAUGUAAAUUUUUGCCACCAUUUUUGGUGUCUCAUUCUUAAGUUAUCACAAUACCUACGACUCCAUUUGUUUUUUAAAUUAAUAUCAUAAUAUAUAAUACUAGUUAACUUUGAUGUACUAUUUAUUGAAAAAGCUAAUCAAAAUGGCCUACUGUAUAAGAUUUGUAAAGGAAGAUCAUAUUUUGCAAGGAAAGAGCUGAUCUUACAUUUUUUUAAUGAGAAAUGGUGUGUAUUUCCUAAGAUAUCUCUAUUGGCAUAAUCUUUCUGUUGGAUUUUUACCUGAUGCUCAAAUACAAAGUUACUCACAACAAGUUAUGUACCAUCUUAAUAAACCAAACACAAAUACUCA